CCUUGCAAAUCGUUGUUUCUAAUUACUCCAAUAAAUUCCCCAAAAAUAGGAAGAGCAGAAAGAACCACAAUCUUCGAUAAUCCUUCUGAGACGAUCAUCAUUUCCUUCCCCACAAACCUUCUAUAACUGAGCUUUCAUCAUCUUUUUUCUUUUUUCCAAUUAAUUUUACCCCCUGCCUUUCUUAUUUAGAAUCGGAGGGCGGCAAUCUUUUAUUAUUCUACUUUCUACACACACACAAUCACAUAUAUAUAAUUCGGAGACAUAUGAAUAUGGCAGCAGGAUCAUCACUCAUGGCUAACCUAAUGGGUCUUUUGAGAAUUAGGAUUAAAAGGGGUGUCAAUCUUGCUGUUCGUGAUCUUAAUACCAGUGACCCUUAUAUUGUCGUUAGGAUGGGUCGACAAAAGCUGAAGACACGUGUCAUUAAGAAGGACGUUAAUCCUGAGUGGAAUGAAGAUUUAACUCUUUCUGUGCAAGACCCUGAUGUCCCGAUCAAGCUAACCGUGUACGAUCACGACACUUUUAGCCUGGAUGACAAAAUGGGAGAAGCAGAAUUCAGCAUAAAGGAAUUUAUAGAGGCACUAAAAGUUGAAGUGGGAUCUGUCCCCAAUGGUACUGUUAUUACAACUGUACAUCCAAGCAGGCUGAACUGCCUGGUUGAGGAGAGCCAUGUGAUCUAUAGGAAUGGUCGUUUCAUCCAGGAACUGUGCCUAAGAUUAAAUGAUGUUGAAUGUGGUGAAGUUGAACUUGAAUUGCAUUGGAUUGAUCUUCCUGGCUCCAAAGGUAUAUAAAUUAGUACAGCUGAUCUUGUUGCUUGAUGUUCCCGGGAGGCUUUGUCAAGGACUUCUGCUCGUAUCAGAUCUAAUUCGGCAAUCAUCCUCAGCAGUAUAUGACAUGCUCACCAUUUCCCGUGCAUAUGAGGUUAUUGGUUUACCAUAUGAACAUUUGGAUGCUGCUCUAAUUAUAUGCACUGGGAAUUUUGUAAGUUAUGAGGUCUUAUGUCUGCUAAAUCUGUCUUGACAGCACAUUUUGACUCGGAUUAUAUAUAUCUUGUUGUGUGUUUUAACUGAUCCGUGCUUUUCCCCA